AUGGGCCCGCUGGACAAGUGGCUGCACCGCCCGCCCCUGGAGCCAGUGCAGCCCACAUCCAGCAGCGGCGAUCAGCGCGGCGAUCAACAAACCGCGGAGCCCCCUGCGAGCUCAGCUGAGCAACAGAAGGCGCCAGCCGGCACGCUGCGCGCUUUUCUGGUCAAGCUGGAUGCAGGUACAGCGUCCCGGGAGUCCGAUGGCAUCGAGGAGGCACCAGCCAGGGCCAGGCGGCGGGCCCAUGGCGCCAGGAGCGUCCUGGACUGGAGGCUGACCGGCAGCAUGCACAGCAGCGCAGCCGCCCUGCUGCACCACCGCCACGCCGCCGCCUUUCGGCAGCUGGCCAUCCUCGAGUCGCACGCCUGGCAGCGCCCGGUGCUGGGCGGCACGCCGCUGUCCCCGGAGGAGGCCGGCAGCAUCCAGGCCGCGGCCUUCGACAGCCAGGGCGAGCUGCUGGUGGCGGGGAGCGAGGAGGGGCUGCUCACAGUGCACAGCACGGCGCAGCUGCUGGCUGCAGCGGCCGCCGGCGGCACCUUGGCCGCCCCGGUGCCGCCGGGGCAGCAGGCGGUGGGCACCGCAGACCCGCUGCUGGUGCUGGACACGCACCUGCCCAAGCUGCAGGCGGUGGGGUGGAACCCAGCGGACGAGAAUGUGGUGGGGGUGGUGUCCUCGGCCACCCGCCAGCUCCACCUGUAUGACCUGCAGCACACGCAGGGGCUGGCCAAGCAGGUGCUGGCCGUCCCUCAACAGGCGGCGUCGGCGGUCGGCCUCACAGACCUCGCUUUCUUUGGCGGCGGCGGCGGGUCCAGCGGCGGCGGCGGCGGCUACGUGGUACUGGCCUCUGGCAUGGGGGGCCAGGUCUUCCUGUGGGACACUCGAGCCAAGGCGGCACCCUCGGCCACGCUGCAGGCCGCGCAGUGCGGCGCCAUGUACGCUGUGCAGCUGGUGCCAGAUCAGCAGGUGGUGCUGGCCGGGACGCAGAGCGGCGAGGUGAAGCUUUGGGACCUCAGGGGCGGCAGCACCAGCACGCUGCGGUUUGGCGGCAGCGUGCACCACCACCCGCUGCUGGCGGCCUUCAACAUCCGCCACGCGCUGACCGGCGUGCCGGGGCUGGCCAGCCAGACCGCCAUCCCCGCCAGCGGCAUCCACUCCAUGCAGCUGGACCCUAGCGACCCCCGCCGCCUCGCUUUCCACCUGGGCUGCGGCUGGUCGGGCGUGCUGAGCUUGCACGGCGCCACCGCCGGCAGCGGCGGCAGCAGCAGCGGCAGCGGCGGCAGCAUCACGCACCUGCACGCGCCCGCCCACGCCCACCCCGACCAGCCGCUGGGCUCGCAGGAGGGCGGCGCUGCGGCUGCCACCGCCAGCGUGGCGCAGAUGCUGCUGUGGGCCUCCACUGCAGCGCCAGGCCUGCACCGCCACGCCUGCUGGCUGCCCGAUGGCCGCCGCUACUGCGUGCCCUCGCGCCGGGGCGACACGCUGCUCUUGCUGGACUUUGCUGCCUCCCCAGCGGCCGGCUGCUAUGCGCUGAGGGAUGAGGAGGAGGAGGGUGGGGAGUACGUGGGUGGCAGCAGCAGCAGCAGCAGCAGCAGCAGUGGGGGCCGGGCAGGGGCAGAAAGACGAGUGCACGUGCCGCCCGCGGCGCAGAUGCCGCUGAGCCAGGCGGCGGUGUGUGCUGCGGCGCACCCCUGCAUAGACCUGCUGGUGGCGGGCAGCAUGAACAGCUGCCUGUCGGUGGCUGGCCUGAGCUGA